AUGGCGCGGCUCUACGAGGUGACCUUCGCUGGGAUCCACAACAUCAGAGCGAGCGUCACACCGUCUGCCGAAGCCGCCGCCAUGUGGAUCGAGAGUGCCUACAAAGGCAGCAGAUCCAGCACCCCCAACAACCCGCAAGUCGUCGGCCUCGACACCAAGCUGCUGCCCGAACUGCGCCCCGGUGACGACGACCACCCCGUCGCCCUCCUCCUGCUCUGCAUCGGCAAAAACUGCCUCAUCUUCCAGCUCCUGCACUGCAACACCCUCCUUCCUCUCGAGCUCAACAUAUUCCUGGCAGACCCCCGCUUCUGCUUCGUCGGUGUCGGUGUGCGGGAGGCCGCCAAUCGGCUGCACAGGGAGCAUGCGCUCCGGGUGAGCGAAACGGUCGACUUGCGUGACGCUGCCGCGCAGAAGACGGGCCUGCAGUGUCUGCGGCAGGCCGGGCUGGAGUAUCUUGUGAAGAACGCGUUGGGCGUGGACCUGGCGAAGCCGGAGGAGGUGCAGAGGAGCGCGUGGCAACAGCGAGAGCUGUCUCUGCAGGAGGUCGCCUAUGCGUGCGCCGACGUCUUCGCGUCCUUCGAGCUCGGGAGCAGACUGCUGAGUUAG